AUGUCCGCGAACGACGAGCCCGCGACGGACGAUCCCCCUGAUUCGCUGCUGGACCUCCCUGCCGACGUGCUGCACCGUGUGCUGCAGAUGCUUCCAGAGUGCGAUGCGGUCGUCGUCGGCGCAGCCUGCCUGGCGCUGUACUCCGCCGCCGCCUCCGACGAGCUGUGGCGCCCGCGCUUCGCCGAUCGAUUCGCGCCGGUGGUGGAAUGCGCGUUCGACGGCGACUGCCCGUCCCCGCCGGCAGACCGCUCGUGGCGCGAGCAUUACUUUGAGUUUGGACGCUCGUGGAUGCAUCUAGCACGCGGCGCGGGCGUUCGUCGCGUGAUUUUCGCGAUCGCGGGCCGGGUGUACGACGCGACAGACUACCUCGACCUGCACCCGGGCUUGCCCGACUUCCUGCUGUCGGCGGCGGGGACCGACGCCACCGAG